AAGAGCAGAACUGAGGACACUGACAACAUCCACAAAAUACAAGACUUGACUAAAAUCACAGGAAACAUAUGAACAGAGUAAUAACGAGACACACCUACACAAUCUGAGUAAUGAGAGGAGGCAGAAUAACUACAGAAAGAGCACAGAAGAGACAGGAAGCAGGAAACUAGGUUAAACAAAGAUGCAAAGAGACAGGGGACAUGAAACACAGACAGUAUAUCUUCACUGAGAACACACAACCUCAAGAUACCUGUAAAUAUUCAUCAGCAUGUGGGUUUUCAUUGUGAUUUUCAUCAAUGUUAAAGCUCUAGUGAGCGCUGGAUGGGAUGAGGUGAAGACCGUGAUGGAAGGAGAUGUUCUCACUCUACACACAGGAGCUACUCAACUACAUAAAAACACUGAGACUUUAUGGUUUUAUAAAAGUGACAGUCUUGCUACACGUAUAGCACAGAUGAAUAAGAAGAAUGGUUUUACAGAUUAUGAAAAUAAACUUGCUGGAAGAUUGCAUCUGGAUCAAGAGAGCGGAUCAUUGACCAUCUGGAAUAUCAGAUGCAGUGAUUCUGGAGUUUAUGAAGUAUCGCUCACCAACGGGUUAAACAUCUCUGAGAGGAAGAUCAGAGUUGAUGUGUAUGCACCUGUGUCUGUACCUGUGAUUGUGCAGCGGUCCACAGGUUCUUUAAAACAGCCAGAAGAAACGGAGGAUUUCUGCUCUGUGUUCUGCUCGGUGAAGAAUGAUCGAGACGUGUCUAUCUCGUGGUAUAAAGGGAGUGAAAUAGUGAAUCAGAACAGCAAUCCUGAUCUCAGCAUCAAUCUCAGUUUAUCAUUAGAUCUUCAUUAUAAUGAUUCAGAGACCUACAGAUGCACGGCUGUGAAUCCAGUGAGCAAUAAGAGCGUCCGUCUUCACAAGAAAGAGAUCUGCUCACCACAGGAAGAUUGUCUGGAUAACUGUGGCGUCUCUGAGGCUCUGGUUCGUCUGGUUCUGUCUGGUCUGGUGGGAAUCGCCGCUGUUUUAUUUCUGGUUGAACAUCUGAGGUUCUGCUCAUCUCAGAGAAGAGCUGCUUCUUCUGUGUGAUUGUGACUUGCACAAGAGUUUGCAGGGUGUUAUCUAUGACAUCGGUUUGCAAAGUGCGUUCACACGUGUGACUGAAGCACCGGUUGGUUGCAGAAUUCUUUAUUUAUUGCUGUGGAGAUAAAAGUAUCUGCUAAAAUAAUGUAAAUUUACUAGAGUAAAUGUGACCUGUAUGCUUUGAAAGUAAAUAAAAUGCACUCAAACAUUUAUGCACAUAGUAAAACGUAAGUAUAUUCGUUUGCAAGUGCAUGCGACAAUAUCUAUGAAUGUAUUGAUUUUUCGUUUGUUUGACUGUUAUUAUUAUUGUUAAUAAUGUAUUAAAGUUUUCGUUUUGGCUGAACUUUAAUAUACUGUAAAUGCAUCAGCU